GGAGAUGAGCGGUCGAAGGACCUCGAAUUCCGGUCUUCCCGCGCCGCGCGGGAAGCGAUUUCGGUCCCGGUCUUGAGGCUAGAAGAACAGCUUUGAAAUUGAACCCAUGGUUGCCGUAGGACGUGACCCGGAUAGUGACGGAAAGAUCGAAAAUACUCUGUCAUAUUUCACACCGAAAUCGGGUUUCGGAACUCUGGUUUUCGCAGGGCUCGCGAUUUCAAACAAAGUGCCAUCGGUUUGCGGCGCGCGCAAACCGGAAGGAUCGCCGGAAUUCCAUUCAUACACUUUCCAUCAAGAUCCGACGCCGCUGAAGAUGAUUGCGGUCAAGUGUGCAUCUACAGUGGAGAACGUCAUGCUCACCGCUCUUAUACAAUGUCUCCGGUCCCUGGACGAAAAUUUCGCGUAUCUUCUACCUGCGGGCUCAAGUGCCUACGCGUUCGAAUCUCUCCCACGAGACCCAGUUGCUUGUUUGAGGCGGAUAUCACGCGGCAAACACCAUUCAAAAUUCACUGUGGACGUGUCGAGUUCCAAAGCAGCAACUGUAAGCUUCGUCGAUGGAAACUCCGAAAACGAUCUCCUAUGGCAUCUGACGUCACCUACGUACCACAUUGGUCUUUCGGUUAACGUGGUCAUCUCGGACACUGAGGGCCUGGUCUUCACGACAUCAUCGAGCCAGCUGCCGAAAUCGAAGUUGCUAGCGCUAGAGGAGCUGUUCAGCUCGAAUUUGACUUUUCUCAUGAUGUCGCUAAGGAUUAGCUGGCCCGACGUCGCCCCGCUGGAUCCAAAACUGAAAAUGCACUUCGAAACGCUGUGUGAAUCAUCGACUUCAUAAUUAAUGUCUACGACUCUCAGUAAGGGAGAUCUCCGACAAAUCAGAAGAGAGACUCAUUCCCCGGAAGACGAACUCUUAUAAUUAUUCGCUCAUCAACCCAACCGCACAUCCAUUCAAUACUCUCCGGAGUCCUCUCAUAAACUCCUCGAAUCAUUCCUAGCAAGAGUCAGGCUGUGAGGUAUAGCUCAGCCA